UCCGGUUCUCCACCGGCGGGCGGGCGGGCGGGCGGCCGGCCGCUCACCAUGCCCGGCAAGCACCAGCAGUUCCAGGAACCCGAGGUCGGCUGCUGCGGGAAAUACUUCCUGUUUGGCUUCAACAUCAUCUUCUGGGUGCUGGGAGCCCUGUUCCUUGCCAUCGGCCUCUGGGCCUGGGGUGAGAAGGGUGUUCUCUCCAACAUCUCAGCAUUGACGGAUCUGGGAGGCCUCGACCCCGUGUGGCUGUUUGUGGUGGUUGGGGCCAUCAUGUCAGUGUUGGGCUUUGCCGGCUGCAUUGGGGCCCUCCGGGAGAACACCUUUCUGCUCAAGUUUUUCUCUGUGUUCCUCGGCCUCAUCUUCUUCUUGGAGUUGGCGACAGGGAUCCUGGCCUUCGUCUUCAAGGACUGGAUUCGAGACCAGCUCAACCUCUUCAUCAACAACAAUGUCAAAGCCUACCGGGACGACAUUGACCUCCAGAACCUUAUUGACUUUGCUCAGGAAUAUUGGUCUUGCUGUGGAGCCCGAGGGCCCAAUGACUGGAACCUCAAUAUCUAUUUCAACUGCACUGACUUGAACCCAAGCCGGGAGCGCUGCGGGGUGCCUUUCUCCUGCUGUGUCAGGGAUCCUGCGGAAGAUGUCCUCAACACUCAGUGUGGCUAUGACAUCCGGCUGAAACUGGAGCUGGAACAGCAGGGCUCCAUCCACACCAAAGGCUGCGUGGGCCAGUUUGAGAAAUGGCUGCAAGACAACCUGAUCGUGGUGGCCGGGGUCUUGGUGGGCGUCGCGCUGCUCCAGAUCUUUGGCAUCUGCCUGGCCCAGAACCUCGUGAGUGACAUCAAGGCAGUGAAGGCCAACUGGAUCACACACGGUGAUGGCUACAAACUACUCAAUAAACAACACUUUGCAAACCACUGACUUAUAUGCCCACCGUCUGGAAGGGUCUGUCAGCUGUGAGCCUGAACAGAGCUCUCCAGUGAGGGCCCUGGCCUGGACCCAGCCUCCCAACAGGGUCUCAUAGGCCUGGGUAGCUUCUGCACUUGAGACAGCCUUUCAACUUAAAAGUCCAUCUCUCCUGCUUUGAAGAAUGAUUUGACAGGCCACACCAGCUCUUCAGUGGCAGCGGCAUCCAUGACGGGUCCUGCCUGCUCUAUUCUCACCUAAGUGUCCUACCUGACCCCCAGGAAUGGGGAGUUGGCCUCCCCCAUCUCGUGGAUCAUUCCCUGCAAAUACUGUGAGGCUGUUGCGACAUACACAAGAAGAAUGAAGUGCCGAACCCCACCUCUUAAAAGGGUCUAUCCUGGGAGGGGCACAGCUCUGCUGGGGACUGAAUUGAGUGCCGGAAUACCCAAGAGAGGUGGGUGGGACAUCAGGAAGAUUGUGCAAAGGAAGCUGCUGUUAAGUCCUUGGCUGGGCACUCCGCCUUGGAAUGGAGAUCAAACCCCGCAUGGCCUGCAGGGAUGUCUUGUGGCCACCAGAGGGCGCACCAGCACCACAUUCUCUGCGGCUGGCUUCCUGCCUCACAGGCUCUUCACCCUAAAGCAUGCUACUCACCUCGCUUCUUGUACUUUGGGACAACUUGAAAACUUCUAACAAAGCAAACAGCUCAGGCAUGGGCAGCAUGGCUAUCCACAGGGGAUGUGUGUGGAAUAGUCUUGCCCUGUCCUCCCUGUGCUGAAUGAAUGGACGGGCGGGCUUGGUUCAGAGCUGUCAUCUGAUGCCUGCGGGGUCCAGUGAGGUCUGUGAAUGAAAUGGAGUAGUGACGCUUGUCCCAUACCUGAACGCUGUUACUGCAGACUGGCUAGGGAAAGACGUAGUUUUGUGACAAGAGGAGUGGAUUGUAAUCUGGCUGAUAUCGGUAACUUGCCUUUGAGUAUAGUAGGGUGCUGUGGGAAUUAUGCCCAAAUGAAUCCCUAUCUGAAGGUGCCAAGGCUGUUGUAGCUCAUUGCUGUGAUGUGGGGAUGCAGGUGUGAUGUCAGGAAUCUAUAGGUGAUUGUGAGGCGAAUGGACUUUUAAGUUGGUGGCAACUAAGUAGGAUUUAAUCUGCAAGCUGAACAAAGCUUUGGCUCCCGCUCCAUCCACAGAGGCUCUGGCUGCUUGCCCAUCUAGGGGUGCUGGGAGCGGCAUGCUCUGCAGCCCUGCGCCCUGGCACUGGCUGCACAGUGUCCUGGGCUCCUGACAGUGCCCGCCAUGGGUGGUUUACACACCGCAAUAAAUGUAGCUCAAAACAUUA